UUAUAUAUAGGCAGUCGGCUAGCAGUUCCCCCAAAAUUCAAUUCAACGCAUGGAAAUUGAAACAUCAAGAAUCUGAUACCCGAUUACGGAUUACCCCUUUUGAUAUCCAUCAACUUCCAUUUUAGAAGAUCCAUUUGACAGUAAUAAGAGUUCAGAUUUAAAGGUUUUAAGCGUUAAAGCUACAAAUACAGAAAGGGAAUUAAGAAGAAAUGACAAAGCCGAGUAAAGAGCCAUGUAAGAAACAGGCUUGCGACAUUCAAGCUUGCCUUUCCAAGAACAAUUUCCUUUCUCAAAGGUGUGUAAAGGUGAUCGAAGCACUAAAGUACUGUUGUGAGCAAUGUGAAUACAAAUCAACACAUUGUGCUUCUGUCUCUGGGCUUCUAAAGCAAAUACAGAAAAAAUAGAGUUCAAUGGCUACAGUUGGCAGAAGACCACAGAUAAUACUAUAUCCUAGUUGUUCUCCGUAGCAGAGGAGCCAAAGUGAGUUGCUUUUCAGAAGAUCUGAGAACCAAACAUCUUGGUACUGUUUGAAUGUUUCUACUGCAGUCAAGAAAGCUGGGUCGCUGCAUAAAGUAAUCGUAUCAUAUUUUAAUUUUGUUCAUUGGAUGUUUAAAUCCAUUAGAAAUCCGAUUUUAGAUAUUGAGGACGAACAUAUGGAUGUAUUUUGGUAUGUCAUAGGGAACACAGCUAUUGAACCUCACAAGUUGCGUCAUACUUAAUAAAUUGUGGUGAUGAUGUCACGUGGCACACUAAACCUGUAGAUAGACUGCAUUUUGACCAGCUUGUUACUGUUGCCGCACUGCCUUACUGCCAGUGCUUUUGAAUUUCUUUUACCGAACAACACUCAUUUGCUUGUUCGUUACGAAUAGGUUGGUAUUUUUUUGCCACAAAUAUGUAUCAUUCCUAUUAAAAAGGUGGAGCAAGUUUGGUUAUUGGCAGAUU